AUUUCUCCAAGAAAGAAAGAGUGGAAAUGGAUGAACAAAAUGGAGUAAAGAGAUAAAGAAACUUGAGAGCUGAGAAAGACAACUCUCCCUCCUCUCUCUCUAUCUCUCUCUGUUCUUGUGUUCUGUUUCACUUCCUUCCAAGACAAGGCCAUUCCACCAAACCCCUAAUUUCAACAAACAAAGUCAUCUUCUUCUAUCUCUUAUUUAUUUUUUCUCAAAUGUGUCUCUAUAUUUCUACCUCUCUUCUCUCUUAUCUCAUUCAUCAUCUUCUUAUCACAUAUUCUUCUUUAUCAUGCAGCCCUUUAUCAUUCGUCGAAAGACUCCGCUUUUCAACUCAGAAAUGGGAGCAAUGAAGGCAAGAAAGAACAACAACCUCUCUGUUUUCGUCGUUGUUUUCUCCAUUUUCCUCUUUGGAGUCUUCAUGUACAACGAGGAUGUUAAGUCCCUUGCUGAGUUUCCCUUUUCUACUCACAAGGCUCAAGAAAUUCAAGAAUCUUCAAAACACGUGCAAGAAGAAACUACUACUGUGGUUCAAAGUGUCAUCACCACCAAGAAACAAGAGGAUAAUAAUGAAGAAGCAGAUGAAGAAGAUCAUCGCAGUAGUAGUAAUAAUAAUAACGGAGACAGUGUCACUGUCACUGUUUCUUCUUCUAAGAGUUCAUCAAGGACUCAACUUGAAACAACAACAACAACAACAACAACGGAUAAUGAUUCUGAAGAACCCCAAGAACGAGUUGAUUUGAAAACGAUUGUGGCAGCAGAACAAGAGAAGAAGACAAAGAAGAAUAAGAACAAUAAGAAGAUUGAGAUGAAAGUUGUGGAGAAUGAUGAUGAUGAUGUUGAUGGUGAUGAAGAAGAGGAGGUAGUUGUGUUGCCACCAGAAGAUUGUGACUUGUUCAAUGGAGAGUGGGUUUUUGAUAACAUAACACAUCCUUUGUACAAAGAAGAACAGUGUGAGUUCCUCACUUCACAAGUCACAUGCAUGAGAAAUGGAAGACCUGAUUCCCUCUAUCAGAAUUGGAGGUGGCAACCAAGAGAUUGUUCUAUGCCCAAGUUCAAGCCAAGGCUAUUGUUUGAGAAGAUAAGAGGGAAGAGGCUAAUGUUUGUUGGAGACUCACUGAACAGAAACCAGUGGGAAUCAAUGGUUUGUAUGGUUCAAUCUGUGGCUCCUCCGGAGCAGAAAACAUGGUACAAGGAUGGUUCUCUUGCUAUCUUCAAAAUUGAGGAACCGGACCACACUACUACUACGGUGGAGUUCUAUUGGGCACCAUUCCUUGUAGAGUCAAAUUCAGAUGAUCCAAACAUGCACAGCAUAUUGAACCGGAUAAUCAUGCCUGAAUCCAUUGAAAAGCAUGGUGUGAAUUGGAUUAAUGUGGACUACUUGAUCUUCAACACAUAUAUUUGGUGGAUGAACACUUUCGCCAUGAAAGUCUUACGAGGGACGUUUGAUGAAGGGUCCACGGAAUAUGAUGAAGUGCCAAGGCCAGUAGCAUAUGCGAGAGUGCUUGAUACAUGGUCAAAAUGGGUGGAUGCCAACAUUGACCCAAAUAGAACCAAAGUUUUCUUCACCAGCACCUCCCCUCUUCAUAUCAAGAGUGAGGAUUGGAACAACCCAGAAGGCAUAAAAUGUGCCAAGGAAACCACUCCGGUUACAAACAUGUCCACCCCAUUGAAUGUGGGAACAGAUAGAAGACUUUUUGUGAUAGCCAACAAUGUUACAAAGUCAAUGAAGGUUCCAGUGUAUUUCAUUAACAUAACAACAUUAUCAGAGUUCAGGAAAGAUGCACAUACAUCUGUUUAUACCAUUCGCCAAGGGAAGAUGCUAACAAAAGAACAGCAAGCUGACCCAGCUACUUAUGCAGAUUGCAUUCAUUGGUGUCUACCAGGAUUGCCUGACACUUGGAAUGAGUUCCUUUACACACGUAUCAUUUCUCAAUCUUGACCCCAAAUACAUAUAGAUACUUUGAUACAAUACUUCUCAUUUUUCUCUUUUUUACUUAAUUGUUAUUCUUUCUCUUUUACUUAAAGAAAAAGUUCUCCUUUUUUGGUCCCCUUCAGUGCAACAGCGUUUGUUGUCCCUAUAAGCUUUUUUGUUACUCAAGUCAUUUACUGUUAGUUUUUGUAGGACAUGGACAGCAUUUUCCUUCUUUUUUUGUUGUACUUUCCCAUUUGUUAAACCAACUUUAGCCUAAGGUCGGAUGCAACGGAAGCACCAGAAUUGUACAAUCUAUCCUUGAAAAAGAAAUAAAGUAAUCACACAAUGAAUGUCACUAUCAA